AUGGCCCUUCAGCCUUUGGUUACCAAUGUUCGCUUUGAGCACCACCAUGACGGACGUGGCCUGGAAACCGCCACACCACGUAUUUCGUGGUCUUUCAGCUCAGAAAACGGUUGUCAGAACAACUGGCGGCAACAUUAUUACGAGAUAGAGGUACACAACCUGGCUCAUGCUCUGAAUGAGACCUACACAGUCAACAGUUGCAACUCUCUGCUGGUACUUUGGCCGAGCAAGCCCCUCGGCUCCCGAGAACAUGCAAGAGCUCGAGUCCGUGUUUAUGGUUCUCCAAGUCAUUCGAGUCACUUGGAAGGCCCAAGUUCUGAUUUGGACUGGUCUGAGUGGUCAGAGUGGGCGACUGUCGAGGUUGCUCUGCUAUCGAGAGGCGAUUGGGCAGCAAAACUUAUAUCUGCUCCGUCCGCUAUAACGACAGUGAACGAUGAUGGGUCACUGAAGCCAGUGAGAUUUCGAAAAGCUUUUGAGUUCCCGGGACAGAAAGUUCUACGAGCUCGGCUUUACAUUACUGCGCACGGAGUCUACCAAGCCUACAUCAACGGGAAGCCUGUUGGCGACCAAUUCAUGGCACCAGGCUGGACUAGCUACAAUCAUCGUCUCCAGUACCAAGUGUAUUCAGUGUCGGACCACUUACUGAUUGGCGGAAUGAAUGUAAUAGUUGUCGAACUGGGAGCCGGAUGGUACGCCUCAGCCCUAGGCUGGGCUGGCGGCCGCCGCUGUCGAUUUGGCUCGACACUUGGUCUUAUGGGACAGCUCGAAGUGGAUGUUGAAGGAAGCACUCAACGAUUUUUCUUGACAACUGAUUCAUCUUGGUCUUGUUCAAGCAGUGCAAUUAUUCAAAGCGAGAUCUACAACGGCGAAACAUUCGAUGCUCGCUUGGCCUCAGCAGUGGAAGACACACGAGUCAAUGCCGAGAUACAACCUUUUCCCUCAGCGAGACUGGUUUCUCCAGAAGCACCUCCAGUAAGGGUAACAGCAGAAAUUAGCCCGGUCAAUAUUUUCAACUCACCUGCCGGCAAAACGAUUAUUGAUUUUGGUCAAAACCUGGUUGGCAAACUGCGAGUCAACUUUCUACGCAAACAAGCCGGGCAUGUUGUUCGGUUUCGUCAUGCUGAGGUGAUGGAGAACGGUGAAUUGGGAACCCGUCCUCUUCGAUUCGCCAAAACGUCUGACACUGUCAUCUCAGAUGGCAACACCAUCUCGGGCUGGACCCCACUUUUCACCUUUCAUGGUUUUCGCUACGCACAAGUGGACGGAUGGUCUCCAGAAGACGCUUCGAACCCCUUAACUUUGAAAUCCGUCACUGCAUUGGUGAUGCACACUGAUAUGAGACGCACAGGGUGGUUUGAGAGCUCCCACAAGUUCAUCAAUCAGCUCCAUGAAAAUACUGUCUGGAGCAUGCGAGGUAACUUUCUAUCCAUUCCAACUGAUUGUCCACAGCGAGAUGAACGACUAGGCUGGACAGGCGACAUUCAAGUGUUCUCACCCUCAGCAAACUUUCUCUACGACACUAGUAGCAUGCUAAGUGGAUGGCUGGAAGAUGUUGCAGUAGAGCAGCUUCAAGACGGUAAUGGAAUUCCUCCUUUUGUUGUCCCGAACGUUAUAGGUCGUGACGACGAAGGCAAACAAGACGAAUGGUGGCCACGAGUUGCUAAUGCUGUUUGGGACGAUGUGGUCAUCAUUUUGCCUUGGGAGCUUUAUCGAUCGUUUGGAGAUCUCAGAAUUCUAAGCAAACAAUUUGAAAGCAUGGUGGUAUGGCUAGAGGACGGUGUCGAACGAGGAACCGACUUUCUUUGGGCUGAGGACAAGUGGCAAUUGGGAGAUUGGCUAGACCCUCUCGCACCUCCAAACGAACCUGGGAAUGGCCGAACUGACGGAGUGCUUGUUGCUGACGUCUAUCUGGUUCGUAUCACUCAAAUCAUGGCCCGGGUGGCGGGUGUUAUCGGGCGAGAAGCAGAGUCAAUUCGCUACAGUGAACAGUAUGUCAGGCUCAAGACCGCCUUCCAAAGAAAGUAUAUCACAACAGGAGGGCGAAUCUCUUCAGACUCUCAAACUGCCUUGGCUCUUGCGUUUGUACACGAGCUCUUUGGGUCUCCGGAACAAUGGACAGCAGCGGCAGACUGGCUGAUUCGCGCCGUUCGCCAAGCUCAGUUUCGUGUCUCGACCGGCUUCGCUGGCACUCCAAUCAUACUUCACGCUCUCACUAGGAUUGGACGGCCGCAGUAUGCCUAUCGUAUGUUGCUUGAAAAGAACUGUCCAAGUUGGAUGUUCCCUGUUCUUAUGGGCGCCACAACUAUUUGGGAACGUUGGGACAGCAUGCUCCCCGACGGCUCCAUCAACCCAGGGGAUAUGACCAGUUUCAAUCAUUACGCCCUUGGCUCUGUGGUUAACUGGCUUCAUGAAACCGUUGGAGGAAUCAGUCCCAUAGAACCAGGUUGGAGGAAGAUUAUGGUUCGCCCUAUUCCGGGUGCAGAUUUGACUCAUGCAACAGUCAGAUACACCAGUCCAUACGGAGAGAUCAGGUGUUCAUGGAAGCUGGAAGGGUUGCGUUUUUCUCUCCAGCUUAUUGUUCCUCCUAACACCCUGGCCAUGGUUUAUCUCCCAAGUUCUCAGCGUCAGAGUGUGUCUGGGGAUGACAAGGAGGGCUUAUCGGUCGGUUCUGGACAACACACUUUCACUUGUGACCUGGUGGAGUUUGACACUUGGCCAUUAAGCGCGAUGCAACCAAUAUUUUGGCCCCAGAAACCCGCUGAAGCGGUUUAA